GUGACCCUCUCCACCGGUCCCGGGGUUUCUCUCUCUGUCUCAUGGCGGAGACGCAGCGCUGAGGAGCGGACAGAGGAUCCCGGAUGGCGCUCGCUGUUGUUGUGCUGCUGCUGAACAGCCGCCGUUUAGAGAGAGCCGCCGGAAGCGGGGUGUCGUCGUUGUUGUUUGUCCGGUUUGGUUUCCGGGGAAGCCGCGGUUUCAUCCCGGAGAGAUGAUGGCGGAGAGGCCCGUGGAUGUGAGCGCGCUGCCGUCGGAGGUCCGGGAACAGCUGGCUGAGCUCGACCUGGAGCUGUCUGAGGGUGACAUCACACAGAAAGGAUAUGAGAAGAAGAGGGCUAAGUUACUGGCUCCGUACACAACACACACACAAAGUGACGAACCGAAUGAACAGCAUGCGUCUGUCAGCCGAGCCGAAAACAAUUUGACCCCACCUCCACAGUAUGAUGGACAGGAGCCUGGUCCAAGCUCUGCUACUGUACCCAGCAACGCCUCCACAAGCUCCUCCUCCUCUCGGCAUCGUCGUGCACGCAGAUCGCACAGGAGCGGAGGCACUCGGGAUGAGCGCUACAGAUCAGAUAUACACACUGAAGCUGUUCAGGCUGCUUUGGCCAAACACAAAGAGGAGAAAAUGGCGUUGCCGAUGCCGACCAAACGUCGCUCAGCGUACGUGCAGUCACCUAUCGACAAUUGCAGCCCACCAGACUCGUCCUCGUCCUCAGAUGAUGAAAGUGGUCCAGGGCUCAGUGGUGGUCAGCAGCCAUCUCCAGACUCGUGGAUGAACAGUUCCAUCCCGGGUUCCUCCACUUCCUCUUCCUCAGCAUCUUCCACCAUGUCUCAUGGAGAGUCUCGUCCCCCUCAGGCACCUCAGCCACAAAGUCAACACACACACUCACAGCCACCACAUUCAUACUCACAACCGUCCGCCCUCGCAGAGGCCUUUGCCCACGCCUGCAUCGAUCCUACAGGUUUCAUUGUUCUGGGUGCUGAUGGUGAGUCUCCGACUCAGACACGAAAUCAAGGAUCUCGUGUGGAUCUUCCAUCUAAUGCCAUAGUGAGAGGAAUGAGUCGUGGCCAGAGCAGAUCCAGCAUGAUAGAGACAGCAGACGUGAGAAGAGUGGGGAAAGGUGUUCCUGUGUCCAGUCGUGUGUCUACUAAGAUCCAGCAGCUCCUCAACACGCUGAAACGACCUAAACGUCCUCCACUUAGUGAGUUUUUCAUGGAUGACCAAGAGGAGAUUGUAGAAGUCCCUCGGCCAGACCCUAACACCCCGAGGCCCGAGGGCCGUCAGAUAAUCCCAGUGAAGGGAGAGCCACUGGGCGUGGUCAGUAACUGGCCUCCUGCCCUGCAGGCUGCGCUGGCUCGAUGGGGUGCCACUCAGGGCAAAAGCCCUGCUCUUACAACUCUGGACAUUACAGGAAAACCUCUCUACACUCUUACAUAUGGGAAACUGUGGAGUCGUAGUGUUAAACUGGCCUACACACUACUGAACAAACUGGGAACCAAGAACGAGCAGGUCAUCAAGCCUGGAGACCGGGUGGCACUUGUGUACCCGAACAGUGAUCCUGGCAUGUUUUGGGUGGCAUUUUAUGGCUGUUUGCUUGCAGAGGUCAUUCCUGUUCCAAUAGAGGUGCCACUGUCCCGCAAGGAUGCAGGCAGUAGUCAGGUGGGCUUCCUGUUAGGGAGUUGUGGUGUGUCUCUUGCGCUGACCAGUGAGAUCUGUCUAAAGGGUCUACCGAAGACCCCCACUGGAGAAAUCCUGCAGUUUAAAGGCUGGCCGAGACUGAAAUGGGUGAUUACUGACUCCAAAUAUCUCACCAAACCUUCAAAAGACUGGCAGCCACAUAUCCCCACUGCUAACACUGACACAGCAUAUAUAGAGUAUAAAUUGAGUAAGGAGGGGACAGUGGUGGGCGUGGCAGUUUCGAAGAUAGCCAUGUUAACACACUGUCAGUCGCUCUCACAGGCCUGUAACUACUGCGAGGGUGAAACACUGGUGAAUGUUUUGGACUUUAAGAAAGACAUGGGUCUAUGGCAUGGCGUCCUCACAAGUGUGAUGAACCGGAUUCACACCAUUAGUGUUCCAUAUGCAGUAAUGAAGGCGUGUCCACUGUCCUGGGUCCAGCGUGUUCACAUACACAAAGCACGUGUUGCCUUGGUGAAGUGUCGUGACCUGCACUGGGCCAUGAUGGCACACAAGGAGCAGAGAGACAUCAGUCUGUCCUCACUGCGUAUGCUGAUCGUCGCUGAUGGAGCCAAUCCCUGGUCUGUGUCAUCAUGUGAUGCAUUCCUGAAUGUAUUCCAGAAUCAUGGGUUGAAGCCGGAGGUGAUUUGCCCAUGUGCUACAUCCCCUGAGGCCAUGACUGUGGCCAUACGCAGACCUGGAGUUCCCGGUGCUCCGCUCCCCGCCCGGGCCGUGCUCUCCAUGACGGGUCUGAGUCAUGGGGUCAUCCGGGUCAACACAGAGGACAAGAACUCCGCCCUCACCGUACAGGACGUGGGUCAUGUGAUGCCUGGAGCGUUGAUGUGCAUCGUGAAGCCAGAUGGGCCGCCGAUGCUCUGUAAGACGGACGAGAUUGGAGAGAUUGUGGUAAACUCUCGUGCUGGAGGGACCCUGUACUACGGCCUGAUGGGAGUCACCAAGAACACGUUCGAGGUGAUCCCUGUGAAUCUGAAUGGAGCUCCUAUCGGAGAAAUACCGUUCGUACGCUCAGGACUGCUUGGAUUUGUUGGACCGGGCAGUCUGAUAUUCGUAGUCGGGAAGAUGGAAUGCUUGCUGAUGGUCAGUGGACGUCGCCACAAUGCUGAUGACCUCGUGGCUACAGCCCUCGCCGUGGAGCCGGUCAAGACCGUGUACAGGGGCAGGAUUGCAGUAUUCUCAGUGACAGUGUUCUAUGAUGAGAGGAUCGUGAUUGUAGCAGAACAGAGACCCGAUGCCAGUGAAGAGGACAGUUUUCAGUGGAUGAGCAGAGUGCUGCAGGCCAUAGACAGCAUCCAUCAGGUGGGUCUGUACUGUCUAGCUCUGGUUCCUGCCAACACACUGCCCAAGACUCCUCUGGGUGGAGUUCACAUCUCAGACAUUAAGCAGCUCUUCCUCGAGGGUUCGCUGCACCCCUGCAACAUCCUCAUGUGCCCUCACACGUGUGUGACCAACAUGCCCAAACCUAGGCAGAAACAACCAGUGGGUGUAGGUCCUGCCUCCAUUCUGGUUGGGAACCUUGUUGCUGGAAAGAGAAUUGCUCAGGCAGCAGGAAGAGAUCUGGGAAUGAUCGAGGACCAAGAUUUGGUCAGAAAGCUGUGCAUGUGGCCCACUAUGAUGCAUCAGUAUCUGACUGAAGCUCUGCAGUGGCGAUCGCAGACAGAUCCAGAGCAUGUGCUGUAUGUACUGCUGAAUGCAAAGGGUGUGGCAGUUUCCACAGCUACAUGUUUACAGCUUCAUAAAAGAGCUGAAAAAAUCGCUGCUGCUCUCAUGGAGAGAAGUGGAAUUAGUAUCGGAGAGAACGUUGUGCUGUUAUACCCACCAGGCAUUGAUCUGAUUGCAGCUUUUUAUGGCUGUCUCUAUGCCGGCUGUAUUCCCGUCACCGUGAGGCCUCCACACCCACAGAACCUCUCAGCCACACUGCCUACAGUCCGCAUGAUCAUCGACGUGAGUAAAGCUGCCUGCAUCCUCACCACUCAGAUCCUCACCAAGACUCUCAGAUCUAAAGAAGCUGCUGCUUCAGUCAACAUAAAAACCUGGCCCAUUAUAAUAGACACAGACGAUCUUCCUCGUAAACGUCCUCCAAACAUCUACAAACCUCCGUCUGCUGACAUGAUUGCUUACCUGGACUUCAGCGUGUCCACCACUGGCAUGCUCACAGGAGUGAAGAUCUCUCACUCGGCGGUCAGUGCUCUGUGCCGCUCUAUAAAGCUGCAGUGUGAGCUGUAUUCCUCUCGCCAACUCGCCAUCUGCCUCGACCCGUACUGCGGACUCGGCUUCGUGCUCUGGUGUCUUGCCAGUGUGUACUCAGGUCAUCAGUCCAUCCUGAUUCCUCCUCUUGAGUUGGAGAGUUCGUUGUCUCUGUGGUUGAGCACACUGAGUCAGUAUCGCAUCAGAGACACCUUCUGCUCCUACUCUGUCAUGGAGCUGUGUACGAAAGGCCUCGGGGGACAAACUGACAUGCUGAGGGCUCGUGGAGUGAACCUGGCAUGUGUGAGGAGUUGUGUGGUUGUAGCUGAAGAACGUCCACGUUUGGCUCUCACUCAGUCCUUCUCCAAACUGUUUAAAGAUGUCGGCCUCUCCACACGUGCUGUCAGCACCUCCUUUGGCUCCAGAGUCAACCUCGCCAUCUGUCUCCAGGGUACAACCGGACCAGACCCCUCUACUGUGUAUGUUGACAUGAAGUCCCUCCGACAUGACAGAGUGCGGCUGGUCGAGAGAGGAGCUCCUCAGUCUCUUCCUCUGAUGGAGUCUGGAACAAUCCUUCCUGGUGUGAGGGUUGUGAUCGUUAAUCCUGAGACUAGGGGACCUCUGGGAGACUCUCACCUGGGAGAGAUCUGGGUGAACAGUCCUCACACAGCGUCGGGUUACUACACCAUCUACGGAGAGGAGAGUCUGCAGGCCGACCACUUCAACACCAAGCUCAGCUUCGGAGAUCCACAAACGCUGUGGGCCAGGACGGGAUACCUCGGCUUUGUCAAGAGGACCGAACUCACUGACGCUAGCGGGGAGAGACAUGAUGCUCUGUUCAUCGUUGGUUCUCUGGAUGAGACUCUGGAGCUGAGAGGACUGCGCUAUCACCCCAUCGAUAUAGAGACCAGUGUUCAGCGAGCGCACCGCGGUAUCGGAGAGAGCGCCGUCUUCACCUGGACUAAUCUGCUAGUGGUGGUGUCGGAGCUGUGCGGCUCGGAGCAGGACGCAUUGGACCUGGUGCCUCUGAUCACCAACGUGGUCCUGGAGGAACAUCACCUGAUCGUGGGCGUGGUGGUGAUCGUGGACCCCGGCGUCAUCCCCAUCAACUCCCGUGGAGAGAAGCAGAGGAUGCACCUGAGAGACUCCUUCCUGGCUGAUCAAUUAGACCCCAUAUACGUGGCCUACAACAUGUGAGGAGAACAAACUCCAGAUCUUUACAUGCUCACUAUGGGCUGUGAGUAAAAUAAAAACAUUUUAAAAAUUCAGGUCCACUUACUAUAAUUUAUUACUCAUGAGCACAUCAUUGUUCUCGUCAUUUCUCCUGCGUUUCUCUCACGCUGCUCUCAGUUUCAACACUUUUUGAAGUGUUUUUUUUUUACUUUUUACAUUCGUUAAAAAAUAACAUUUCUGCAUGAUGUAGGAUUAUUAUUAUUUAUGCAGAAACUCGAUGAGUUUUUGGUACAAACACUGAAUUAAAUGCACCUUUAUUAUUUAUAACAGCUCCAAUGUGUGUGUUUGUGUGCGUGUGUGUGUGUGUUUGUGUGUAUAUGUUUGUGUGCGUGUUUGUGUGUGUUUGUGUGCAUGUGUGUGUGUUUGUGUGCGUGUGUUUGUAUGUGUGUAUGUUUGUGUGCAUGUGUUUGUGUGCAUGUGUGUUUGUGUGUUUGUGUGUGUGUGUUUGUGUACGUGUUUGUGUGCGUGCAUGUGUUUGUGUGUGUGUAUGUUUGUGUGUGUGUUUGGGUGCGUGUGUGUUUGUGUGCAUGUGAGUUUGUGUGCAUGUGUGUUUGUGUGUGUGAGUGUGUGUGAGUGUGUGUGUGUGUUUGUGUGCGUGUGUGUUUGUGUGUGUGUGUUUGUGUUUGUGUGUGUGUAUGUUUGUGUGUGUGAGUGUGUGUGUGUUUGUGUGUGUUUGUGUGUGUGUGUUUGUGUGCGUGUGUGUUUGUGUGCGUGUGUGUUUGUGUGCGUGUGUGUUUGUGUGUGUGUGUGUUUGUGUGUGUGUGUUUGUGUGUGUGUAUGUUUGUGUGUGUUUGUGUGUGUGUGUUUGUGUGUGUGCGUGUGUGUGUGUUUGUGUGUGUGUGACAUUUUGCCAUGGACACUUUAUAAAAACAAUCACUAAAACCAAUCAGAUCAAAAAGUUACAUAAACAACACAGAGGAGGGAAAUAAAUGCAAAAUAAAAUAAAACGAUUCAAAUUGAAAUUUUUGAAAAAAUAUUUGUUAUUCGAAUUUUAUUUAGAUUUCAAUUUAAAUGUAUUUUUGGUGCAGAUUUUUUAAUUUCUAUCCAUUGUUAUUAAAAUGAUCCAGAAACAACAAAAAUGUGAAAUGGAGAUGUAAAUAAAUAUGUAAAUAUAUUAAUAAACCUGCACUAAGGUUUAACACACACACACACACACACACACACACACACACAGCUCUCAUAUUAAGGUGCUUCUCUAAAAUAUCAGGACUUGUUUGUAUUAUUUCUAACCUGCUGGAAGGAAGCUGUACAUUUUUAUUAUUGUAAACUAACAAAGUGUAUAAAGGCAGAGAUUUUACACACACUGCGAACACGUGUAUAGUGAGAAUGCGAUGUGUGUGUGUGUGUGUGUGUGUGUCCUGUGCUAUACUUUUCCCUCUGUAUGAAUAUGGAUCUGAUUAUAAACUGCUGUAACCUGCAUAGCUCUGAGACGGUAAAUAACCACUUUCUGUUUCUCUACCUUUAUUUCCUUGUGCAUGCAUGAUUUCUCUCUCUCUCUCUCUCUCUCUCUCUCUCUCUCUCUCUCUCUCUCUCUCUCUCUCUCUCCCUCUCGCUCUCUCUCUCUCUCACUCUCUGUUUGCAAAAAAAACUUUAUGGUAUUUUUUCAGUUUUUAUUUUUGUGCAUGAGAAAGUGGAGCUCUGUGGAAGAUGAGAGGAAACUGAUGAAAUAAUUUACACCUGUGUGUGUGUGUGUGUGUGUGUGUGUGUGUGUGUGUGGCACAACUGACUGAACGAAUGCUAAGUGUUUUUACUGAGAGGUUAAACCAAGUAACAGAGACCUAUUUAAAAACCCAGCUGGUUCACAUAACCAGACAAUUCUGCAUGUUUUGACCCUCAGUCAGAGGAAUAUUUUGUCUUCAGCUGUGUUCUGAAGACGAGAGCACACCCAUGGCCCCCUGACGCCUUUUUGGUUGAACUGGUCCAUGUAAACUGGGUCAGUGGAAUUUGACUGAAUUUCGAUUAUAAAAUUAACUAGUUAGUGAAUGAAUGAGCUCAUUGUUCAACAGAACACAAACACUGGUGUUAUUAACUCUACAAAAGAAAGUACUGUGAUGACAUCUCUUACAUCUCACACACACUUUUCCAUAUCAUGACCUCCAGUUAGUGCCGCUGAGUUUCAUUAUGUUCUGUGCAUGAGAAACUGUCACGAUAUAAAAAAAUAAUCAAUAGGAUGUGCUGGAUCAAGUGCUAUUUUAUAAUCUGCUCGAAGCCAUGUUUGUGAUGAUCAAUUACAAGAUGAUGUAGAUUUUACUAAUAAUAAACAAAUUAAAUGCAGCAUGUAUGAAAUACCAAACGAGUCUCACAAGACCAACACGAGUACCUGCUACUAUUAUUAUGGCAAGUUGUGCCACAGAUUGUGCUGUAGUGUUUAGCCAACACAUUAAAAUAUAUCACAUAAACGGUGGUGAUAUGUUUCCAUGGCAAUAAGUUGAGGGUUGAUUAGUUUCUUUUGAAAUGGAAAUAUUUAAUUAAUCAACUAAAAUGAUAUAAAAUUCCUGAACCUGGUGCAAUUGUUGACAAGAAUUUUCCACCUUUUCCUGUUAAAUGUUGCAUUGUGGGAUAUGGUAACACACACACACACACACACACACACACACACACACACAAUUGUGUCCCAAAUUCGGUACAGUCACUACACACAGUAGUGGGUUGUUUGUGUAACGUCUCAGAUCACAAUAGAAAUAAGUCUUUGAGGUUCUGCGCAGACGAACGGAUCACAAUUCACAUUUUUACAGCUUUAACACAUCACAUGAUCACACUAUUAACACUAAUAGUACAUCAUUUGAGACACAGCCCAUGAAAAUAAUAUUCUUCACUUGUGUAUCAGUUUAAUAAUAAUAAUAAUAAUAAUAAUAAUAAUAAUAAUAAUAAUACCUGGGCUUGAUGAUUUGUUUUAUUUUGCUGUGUAUGGAUAUGAAUGUGGAUGUCAUGAUUAUUAUGCAACCCUCUUUCCCUCUCUUCACUUUCUCUUCUU